AUGCGAGUUGACAGAGGACAGGGAGGGGGUGCCCAAAGGUUGGCUGAGCCACCCCUCUCUCCCUUGGCUGAAGCCACCCUCGAGUUGCCUCGGGAGCUCCUCCAACAACCGCCCGGGUGCAGUUUAAUCCACCGAGCGCCCAGCGGAGGCGAGCCGAGGCUGAGCCGAGGCGGGAAAAGGCAGCGUCUUCCCGGCACUCAUGCUGCCGCCCGUCUCCGGAGGAAGAGAGCCGGCGAAGGAGAAGUAGACGCAGCCCAGCGACAGGCGGCUUUGGCAGCCGGCGCUGCUGUUUGUGGCGAGGAGACGGGAAGAGGAGAAGAAGAAGAAGCCGGGGAGGGACUAAGGGGGAGGCGCUUGCGAGUCAGGCGUCCGGGAGGGUGUGAGUGCGCGUCUGUAUGGGCUGCGCGUCGGUGGCGGUGGCGUCGGUGGUGCCGUGGCACCUCUUCGCGAGCGCAUUGCAGCGCGGCUCUCUCGGCUGGCUGGGGCGGGAGCGAGGAGGCGAAGCAGCCGGCGCAAGAUCGGGCUUUGCGAGAAGGGAUUGAUACGGGGGAAUUAAAAAAAGGCCUCACCUUGCUGAGCUCUGAGUCAGCGAAGGGUGGAACAGAUUCUCAAAUGCUCGGGACCAUUGUCUUGCUGGAUGAUCCACAAGUGAUACAGUUUCACCUGAUGAUAAAUGGACUGAUAUUCUCUCGUAGAGAGGAAAUCAUGCUUUCUUCACUUAUGGCAAGUCUUUCAAGUCUUGAAGCCACAAAACAAAGCACAACACAGCCACCACCAUGCUUGACAAUUGGUAUAAAGUUCUUAUGGAAUACAAUAUUUGGUUUCCUCCAGAGAUUCAUGGCCAUUGUAGACUGAAAACACCCAUCUUUUGCUCAUCUACCCACAGAUCAUUUCUCCAUAAGUCUGGAGAGUUAUCGCAUUGAGGUGCAUUUUUUGGAAGACCUGACCUCACUUAUCAGUGUUCUGUCAUGUUAAUAUGCCAUGAAUCACAUUUUUACCCAAUGGUUUUCUGAGGGUAGAGUUGUGGACACUGACUUUUACUGGGGCAGGUGAGACCUGCAAACCCUUGGAUAUUUUUAUGGAAUUCUUCGUAGCUUCCCAGUUGUAUGCUGCACCAUUGGGUUGAUUUUGACGACAACUGCUCUUGGUAUUGGCCCAAUCAACUCCAUCUCAAACAUAUAUCCCUCGACCCUGGAUGGAUGGAACUUUAGAGCUUUAUAAAUGGUUGUAUGACCUUAUCCAGACUGAUAGCCAUUGUUGAUUUAUGGAGAUCCUCAGAUUCUUUUGAGCAACACAUAACACGCCUGUAGAAUCUAUGAGGUGAGAACUUCAAGGUAAUGAAGCAAGCUAAAGUUUGCAAACAACAUGGCUGUCUGAUCUCUAAUUAUCUCUUUAACUGAAUUGAUUAAACCAGGAGGCACCAUUACAUUCUCACAGAGCACCUUUGCAUGUUUGGACAACUAUUGCUGAUGAAGUGAAAUGGAGCAAGGGGCAAAUUUUGGAGAUAAUUGUUCACUCAAAAGUCUUCUUUUAUAUCAGUAAA